GCAAUCGAGGUGGUCGAGCAGGCAAUGAACAGCCUAGGCUUCCAUCCUGAGGACAUUAGAACUGUGAUAGCCUGCAACAGUGGAGUCGAACUGCAAAUACAAACAAACGAGUUCAACACAGGGAAAAUACCUCUAAUGAUCGGGCUGCCUCAAGGUGGAGCAAGUAGCCCACAACUGGCCAACUUGGUGCUAUGCAUCCUCUCUAGGCAAUUGGACAAGUGCAGCACAGGAACAACAAACAACCUGUCCUUCGCCGAUGACAUGGUACUCAUCGCACACACGAUGAAAGAAAUGCGAGAAUUGGUAGCAGUGGUGGAUUCCUUCAGCUUCGACUAUGCUCGCAAGGGAGAGGUUCCGUUCAAAUAUCUCGGCUAUCGCAUCUCUCUGUGGAAGGAAGAAAGACGAAGAAUAAAGGGCUGCCCUUUCACUUGGGGAGAACGAGCAUACGUCUUUGAAAAAACCAAAGAACUGGUGAAAGUUGGAAUUCUCAACGUCUUUCGCUACUCCGCAGUCAUGACUGGAUGGACUUGGCGAGACCUACAAGAAUUAGAUCAACUGUGGAUACGAGCUGCCAACAGAGAAUGGAGGGCUGCAGGUCCCUCAUCCUGCCCCAAUCCUAGGGCGAGCAGCGCUACGAUACAUCGAACGAGAAGUGAAUAGUAAGCAUGGUGGAGACAUCCAAGAUAGACUGAUAUCUAAACUCAGAAACUGGUUUGCGGAAUGGGGAUGCCAAACAAUCCUCGAGCUCCAAAGAGAAAUGAAUUUUCGAACUAUGGAGCGUGAUGUGGUGCGG